CCACACCCUGUGAAGCUCAAGAUGGUCCUGAGUGGGGCGCUGUGCUUCCGAAUGAAGGAUGCAGCACUGAAGGUGCUUUAUCUGCAAGAUAACCAGCUUCUAGCCGGAGGGCUGCAAGCAGGGAAGGUCAUUAAAGGUGAGGAGAUCAGCGUUGUCCCCAAUCGGUCCCUGGAUGCCAAGUUCUCUCCAGUCAUCCUGGGCAUCCAGGGUGGGAGCCAGUGCCUGUCGUGUGGGACGGGGCAGGAACCAAUUCUGAAGCUAGAGUCGGUGAACAUCAUGGAGCUCUACCAUGGAGCCAAGGAGUCCAAGAGCUUCACCUUCUACCGGCGGGACACAGGGCUUACAUCCAGCUUCGAGUCGGCCGCCUACCCGGGCUGGUUUCUCUGCACCAUGCCCGAGGCAGACCAGCCUCUCCGACUCACCCAGCUCCCAAAGGAUGCCAGCUGGGAUGACCCCAUCACUGACUUCUACUUCCAGCCAUGUGACUAGUGCAACGUGCCUCCUGGGCUCCCUGCAGACCAGCUCAGGCCGGGGCGGGAGGCACAGGAAGAGAACCCCAUGGUGAUGAACCUGCCUCUGCUCCCAGGGCUCCCCCCUUGGAUGGGCUGGGCACACAGCCACACUUCCUCCGUCUGUUUCCCAGUUUGGGUAAAUCCUUCUGAGAUUUGGGGCUUUGUCUAUAGUUUCCUUCCCCACUGGGUGGUGCUACUGGUGUCAAAUCUUGCAAAACCACCAGAGGUAAACCCUUAAGGGGUCAGGGUCUGGGGAGUGGGAAGAAUCCAUCAUGAUUUGGGUUGGUUUACCCAAUGGCCCUGAGUCCCACAGGCCAGCCCAUCCCCAGUUGAUCCUGUUGGGGCUAUCAGCCACCCAUCAGGUCCCACUGUGCAGGGGAGGGAGAGUGGUCAAAGAGUGAGGGACCCAAGGCCCAGCCCCUCCCCCUUCUCUUUAGCUUGGCUGCCAUCAUACACCACCUUUUUCACCUCUACCCUCAUACUUAGCCAAGGGCAUGAGAGGAUGGUAGUGUCCAAGGAAGUGGUUCUGGUGCAGAAGAUGGAAGGACAUGUUUUACCUUUUGAAACUCAAGGUGUCUAUUCAUGUAGAAAGAUGCUCUUGACAUAUUAUUGAGUGAAAAAAAAAAUGAGUUACAAAGUAGCAUAUCUUGCAAAUUCCCUUUAAUGAAAAAAAUACCUGUCUGUAUGUUUCCUCAUAGAAGCAAAAGUCAGAAAGAGUUUACGUUCAUUUUAGUGAUGUCAGGGUGGUGGUAUCAGAGGUUAUUUUUCUUUUUGUUCUUUUUGUUUAUCUGUAUUUUCUUCU